AUGCAGUCUAUCCUCCAAAAGGCAACAGGUAUUGGCCCCCAGGUCAUCAAACCUGAGAAUCUCCAAGGCCGAGUCGCCAUCGUGACAGGCGGCGCUUUAGGCAUCGGAUAUGAAGUCAGCCGUGCUCUCGCCCACGCCGGCUGCAAAGUCAUAAUGGUCAACCGCAAAGAAGAACAAGGCACGAGUGCCAUCGAAGCAGUCAAGAACGAGAAGCAUGACGCCGACAUUGACUGGAAAGAAUGUGACAUGGGUAAUCUUUCUCAGAUCAGAGAAGUCUUUGGCGGUUUCCGUGAAUCCCUUGAGCGACUUGACUUUUUGGUGCUGUCAGCCGGUAUCAACACCAACCAGUUUGGUCUAGACUCUGAUGGAAUCGAGAGACACUUUGGUGUCAAUUUCCUUGGUCAUUUCUAUGUCUGCAAUCAGCUGUGGCCUCUGUUGAGAAAGACGAGCAAGAUGGAAAACGUAUCACCUCCGAGAGUCGUCUUUGAGGCUAGUGAAAUGCAUCGCCUUGCGCAGCUGUCCAAUGUGCAGUUCAAGACAAAAGAAGAGAUCAACGACCCGGAUCUGGACCCCACUGCUCGAUACAACCGAACCAAACUGGCCAUGAUCUUAUUUGCAAAAUACGGCUUGGCCGGCAAGGUUAUUGCCGAGAAUAAAGACAAAAUCUAUGCCCUUUCUGUCCAUCCCGGAGCAGUCAAUACAGCGAUGCAGCAGCAGUGGAAGGAUGCUUACCCCGGCCUUACCGGCAAGCUCCUUUCCUGGACUAUGCAGGCGAUUGGUCGAGAUGUUGAGCAGGGUUCUUACAGUGCACUCUGGGCGUUGACUUCCUCCCGGAUUGAAGAGGAGGACUUGAACGGCUACUAUUUCGUUGAUCCUGACAAGGAGGGCGAGGAGUCGAGUCAAGCUUCCAAUUCUGAGUUGGCGAGUAAUCUGUGGGAUCUCAGUACGAGUUUUAUCAAGGAAAAGCUGGGUGAGAAUGCUUUGGUUGACUGGAACGGUUCUUAG